AUGAAUCCUCGGCGGAGUUGUGCCGCGUUGGUGGCCGCUGCUUUCCAGCUUGUCUCUGGGAGUCCUGGUUUCCCGGAGCCGGUUCAGGUUCUCGAAACCCGUCGCGGUGUGCCCUCGUUCGGCAAUGAAGCCUUACAAGGCUUGCAAAGAGACUUGGUUGCCGCGAGCCUCCAACAGCGCGAUGGACACAAGGAUCUUUUCAAGACAAAUGGAUCUCUGGAUCUGAUGUGGAACGACGCAACCUUCUUCACCUAUGAGUCUUUGUCGAUAUCAUGUGUCACCUGUUACGUCAAGGGCACAGCUUCUGCAAGCCUGGUCAUCGAUGGCCACUUCAAUUUCACCGCCGCUUUGGAUGAGUUCCACGAUCAAUUUUGGCCGCAGGUUAAGAACAUCACCCUUGAGGUCUGGGAUCAAUUCAAAAAUUGGUCGGAAUCCGUCGUCGAUGAUGUCACCGACUCUGUUGGGGACAAUAUCAAAGCGUUCUUCAAGACUGGCGAUUUUGAUGAGCUUGACAUUGACUGGAGUGUCUACGCGUUUCCGACCAUUGAUGUUGACUUCGAGAUGAAUCUCACUAAUAUCCCGGAGACAACACUGAAACUUGAAUUUGAUGAGCUGGAGCUUUACCUAGAGCUUGAAGCUAGUUUGGACGCUGCACAGACCUACAAGGUCAAUCUGUAUCCUCCAGAGUUCUCACAACCAGCCGGAAUUCAAAUUGGCGAUCAGCUUGUCGGCCUUGUCAUCACAUUGGAAUUGCUGGUCACACUGAACACGAAAGCCAGCAUUUCCGCAGGUGUGCAUGUUAAAUUCGACGACGGUCUUGCUAUGGAGAUUGCCAUGUUUGGCAGCGAUGUAUCGAGCAUCAAACUUACGGAUGGUUCAUUCGAGUUUCUCCCAGUCACUAUCGAAUCAAGCGGCGUUGUAUUCGACGCGACUAUCCGAAUGGGUGUCACCGCAGGCCUAAACAUGUCACGAGACCUGGGUAAAGACUUCAUCAAGCUGGCCGCCGGGUCCUCAGCCACCGUGUACGCAGACCUGGCUCGUUUCACCACGAACAUCACCACUCCAAAGCCCCUAGAACUGGGGACCAGAGAUAAGGAUGAUGACUGUCUCAUGCCCGUGGUCGAAACUUAUGAGUUCGGUCUCGGUGCCUUGGCUGGAGCUUUCGUCCAGUUCAGAGAUGAGAAAUGGGGACCCACGCCCAACACAAGCAUCCAGAUCUACUACACCACACUCUUCUCUGCAUGCGCCAUCGACCCGGCUUCUAAGACGGCAGCUGUGGAAGCGAGACACACAGCACCGCCGCUGCUGGAUGGGCGCCAAGUCAGGACCGCGACCGAGGUCACAAGCGUCGUUACCGUCACCAACGUGGUCUGCCAGGAACCUGAGCUGAGGAACUGUCCCGCCUCGCUGCAGAGUACGUUCCAAGUGACCACGACCUCAACAGCUAUUGUGUCAGUUGCUCCAGGGGAAGAGCCGACAUUCCCCGCCACAGCGACCGCUGGCAGACCCGCCGUCCUUCAGUCCUUUGGUGACGCCGUCCAGAGGGUGAAGGAAUCGAUCGGCAGUCCCGUCUCCUUCAUUCCUCCUCUUCCAACCGACACCAUAGGCGAUGGCAUCAACGAUAUCAUUGAUGGCGCCAACGGCCUCAUUGAUGACGCCAAAGACGAAGUUAACAAAUGGUCUCCGGAGUUCAAGCAGCUGGUUAUCGGGCUGUCCGCCGGCCUGGGCGGCGCGUUCAUCGCCGCAGUGAUUCUUGGCAUUUGGUACGUAUCGCUGUUCUGCCGUGGCUUCGAGUUCAAUGGCUCAUUUAAUCGUUUAGGCUUUGUUGCAAGAGACGUGCCAGGAAGAACGCCAUGGCCCGAUCGAAUGUUUCGGAGGUACAUGGCGCGGAUGCUUCCCAGCCUUUCCUCGGAGCUGAGCCAGCCGCGAAGUGGAAGCAGGAGCAAGCUCGUGUCAGCAUGUGUCAGUAUUCGUCCAAACCCCCUUUCCCAUGUUCGAUUGACUCUAAUAUGA